AACUUCCCACCUCAGACACCACUUGUGAUUAACCGUACACGCCUUUUCCUCUGUAAUUCUAAGAAGUUAGCCAACAUUCAUACAAUGCAAAGGCUCAAGUAACACCAACAAAGCUACGCCUUUCACCAUCAAUGACCGAACACUGUUCCACACGAGCCUCCGGGAACCAGUUCACAUCCCAAGGCCAUUUUCAGUGGAUGGAAAAAAAAUGUCACAGACUCUCCAGAAUCACAGGUCACAUCUUUCGGGAGUCUCAAAUUACAUAGGCCUGAGGAAGAACAGUUAAUACUCUCAUCCAGACAGUGAAGCACCUGGCACAGCUGCCGAGCAGGUGGACGGCAGGCAGCGGCCCAGCAGCACCGUCUCCCGGACGGGCCCCGGCACUGGGCUGCGGGACCCCAUUCUGAGCCUGUCAUCUUCGCCGCUCACCCCACUCACCUUGCACAAUACCCCAUAUUUGCCAUCUCUCUCCGGGCUUGCAACAGAGCUUCACUGUUUAUUGGGAAUUUCCAUGACACACUUCCAUUUCACGAUUAAAAAAAAAAAAGCGCCCUACUGCCCAUAAAGUGUGUAAGAAAACGAGAAACGGCUCCGAGAGCUGACAUCGUGCACACCGCAUGAGCACAGGGAAAUGUCAGAGAGGCGCCAGACACUCACGGAUAUUCACCACCAUUUGCUUUUCACGGUGGGACUUGGCCCUACAUUUGGUUUUCCAGGUUUUUCUUACUAAGUGUAUAUUACUUAUAAAAACAAAUGUAAAGACACUCUCGUCGCUGGGUGCUUGUGGGGACCGUGCAUCACGCAUGGGUGCAGCUGCCCACUUGUUCUCUUUCUGAUUCUGCCUCCCUGGAGUUCCCAGGGUAACUAGGCUGGGGGGAAAUGCUGCCCACAAGGUCUGACCCCGGCCAAGGUGGUGACAACCGCUUUAAUAACUGUCCUGAGCCUAAUGCAGCACGUACCUGGUAGGGAUGGCUGUCAGCCCUGUGGUAAACACCUUCAAACCCGGAAGGCAGGAGCCCGGGCCACUCCCCGGCCAGCUGCCCCCGCUCCCGCACCCCUGCACUGCGACUACCUGACCCUCAAGCCAGCUCUGACGACAUCGUCCCCGUCACAUACCCCGCCCGGCUCUCCACACACACAGGGUUCCGCAGCCUGUCCGUCGCCCACCAUCGCAGCCCACAGCACAAAUGAAGGUAACAGGCCUGCCAGUGAGGCCUUACCAGAAUGUUCCCCUCCCCUCACCCUACUACCUCCAGAUGAAGACACUCCCUCUUCAAACCCCAUGCACUUGUCCACUUCCGAAGCAAAGAUCAUGGGCAGACACACUCCUUGGCACUGCAGGGGUCCCUUCCUGGCCAGCAGGGCGCAGCCAGUGUCCAAGGGACGGAUGAGCGCACGCAGAGUUCUCUCCCACUCACAGCAGCACUUCAGAUCCACGCGACCGACACACCACACGACACGGGAGGGGGGCCCCGGCCCGCUGCCUCCCUGCCCUGCCCUGCCCUGCCCUGCCCUGGGGCUGUGCCAUCCUCUUAGAUGGGGCCCGGGUUCAUCUAGCCCCUCACACUUUCCCAGCUCAGCACGACCAUCACAUUGCAGUGGAAUGUCGGCCUGACAGGACAUUCUUGGGGGGAAAACGAGAGUCCCGGCAGCUUCCUCUGCCGGCUUUCAUGACUGCUGGUCUGCGUCGUCCCCACGGAGUGGCCUGUCCCGUCCCAGCACCAGCAGGCCCAUUUACACAGCAGACGGAUGGCAGGCAGUGCCAGACGACGUAAGGACAGCAGUCUGGAGGCAGCGUCCAGCCCACACGCUGCUCUGCCACUGACCGGGUUCUGAGACUGGGCGGCUUCUCAGGUCUCCGUGGCUCAGCUGCCCCCCUGAAAACGGAGAGCCCAGCAUUCCUCAGGGCUCUGGCAUGGGGCAGUGAGGCCAAGACGGCGCCUGUCCAGGGCGGGUCCCCUGGCUCUGGGGACACAGAUCCUUACGCCACCCGCACCCACAGCCGUUCCCUAAUGUAACACUGUAACCACCACGCUCUGGCCUCAGAGAUCUUGGGGGACUGAGCACGGAUCACUGGCAGAAGAGUAAGCUUGUCCCCUGUCCCAAGUCCCCAGGGUGAGGGCGGGGGUGGAGGAUGCCCUCUGCCCCACACCCCACCACAGCCCGGACGGUAUGCCUCACCCACCCACUUGCCACCCCAGGUCGCCAGCAAGA